CAAGAGUAGGAGAAAGCAAGAGAAAUUGAGGGAGAGCUCUUGUGAGAGAAAAGAAAGAGAGAAAUUGUAGAAAUCUUUGUGUAGAUUAAGAGAGAGUAUUAGGGAGAAUUUGAGAGUUUCUAUAGACUGAAGCUAGGGGUUGAGAGCUUCAUAAGUGAAAGAACUUCCAAAUUAUUGUACUCUUUUUCUUAAUAGUGGAUUUAUUUCUCUUUUUCCCGUGGACGUAGACUUGUUGAGAGAAAAGAUUUUUUUUCUUCUUUUUUCAUCGUAUAUAUAUACAUUAUUCUUGUUCUUUGCUUAUCCAUAUUCAUGACUGCUAUUCUCAACAAAGCACACAUAAUCUCCACUGACCAUUUGCUCGAUGCUCGGCCUGCCUCCCUCAAUAAAUACAGCAAAAAAUGGCAUUUGGCUUUUGUCACCAUCUACUGCUCAAGAACUCUGUUUUCUCUCGUCAGGAAUCAUGAUUCCAAGGUUUCGCUAAUUCUUGAUCAUGUUAUUCUAACAGUUCCACCAGAAAAUGGUUGUUUCAAAAUUAAUGAGACCACUCUCACCGACAUUGUGAAGGAGAAAAGGCUUGAGAAGCUUCAAAUAAUUGGGGGAGUGAAUGGGGUGGCUUCAUCCCUGCAAACCAGCCUGAAUAGUGGAAUCAAUGGCGGUGCUGAGGACAUUGCUCGCCGACGUGAAGCAUUUGGUUCUAACAUCUACAAAAGACCGCCAUCUAAGAGUUUCUUCCAUUUUGUGGUGGAAGCUUUCAAGGAUCUCAUAAUUUUGAUCCUACUCGGCUGCGCCGCACUUUCUCUUGGUUUUGGCAUCAAGGAGCAUGGCUUGAAAGACGGUUGGUAUGAUGGUGGGAGUAUUUUCGUGGCUGUUUUUCUGGUCAUUAGCGUCUCUGCCAUCAGCAACUACAGACAGAACAGACAGUUCGACAAAUUGUCUAAAGUCAGCAACAACAUCCAAAUUGAUGUCAUCAGAGGCGGCAGGCGGCAAAAUAUUUCAAUAUUUGAGAUCGUGGUCGGAGAUAUUGUUUGCCUGAAAAUCGGAGAUCAGGUUCCAGCUGAUGGGUUGUUCUUGGAUGGACAUUCUCUGCAGAUUGACGAAUCCAGCAUGACAGGGGAGAGCGACCAUGUUGAGUGUGACUGAAGCAGUGAAUGACACCUUGAUCUUCAACACUUUUGUGCUCUGCCAAGUUUUCAAUGAAUUCAACGCAAGGAAGCUGGAGAAGAAGAAUGUGUUCAAGGGUAUUCAUAAGAACAAGCUGUUUUUAGGGAUAGUCGGGAUGACCAUUGUUCUUCAAGUGGUGAUGGUGGAGUUUCUAAAGCGGUUUGCAGGUACAGAGAGGUUGAAUUGGGGACAAUGGGGCGCCUGCAUCGCCAUGGCUGCUGUCUCUUGGCCCAUUGGCUGGAUCGUCAAGUGCAUACCGGUGCCAGAGAGACCUAUUUUCAGCUAUCUCAAAUGGAAGAAGCGCGCAUAAUGCUUCACAAAUUCACUCACUCUGUCAAAAUUUGCUUGCAUAUCCUAUGAUUCGUUUCAGAUUUCUCCUUUACGUUUGUAUAGGCUAUAAUUAUUUAUUCUUUAAAUUUCUACAUAGAUAUUCUGUAAUUGGAUUCACUGUUUUCUCCAUUAAUUCUAUUUGUAUAUAGGAAACAUAUAAUAGAAUAACUUGAUUCUU